AUGAGUGCUACCACCCGCACCGUUCCUGUGAUUCUGUGCGGCAAGACGGCUAAAAUCGCUGACGGUGUGCGAGCUGCUCUGCGCCCACAAUAUGAGGGUAAGUCUGCCACCUUGCCAACGAUUGCUGUCGAUAGCUGACAUGUCGGGGACCACUCACUAUGCAGUCGUGCAAGUGUUCACAGACCAACAGGACGCGCAGACGGGCAUUCAGAAGGCUCUCACGGACGAUUCGAUUAGCCUUGCGGAACGCAUCAGAGCGGUCAUCUUUGGCGGUGCGUUCAACGACGACAAUAUUCAGUCGAUCAAGUCUUUUGCAACAUCCCAGCAGAACGCUCGGAAGAUUGCAUGGUUGCAGCAUGCGCCACUCGAGAAGCCUAGAGAAGGUCCGCUCGACAAGGAAAAGUAUGGUCAGGAAGUAUCAGCGCGGAUAAAGAGCGUUCUUGAUGAGCUCAAGAACAGAGGCAAGCUUGAAGAGGGAGACAACGAGGUGUAUCAAUACUGA